CGCGAUGCAUACGCCGCGCCCCUGCAAGGACAGGAGGACACUGGCAAAUUUGACCAAAACAAACCAGUGAGAAUGGAUACUAAGUAAUACUCGAGGCAGUCGUUCUUCCUCUCCCUUUAACUCCAAUCACCGAUAGGCAAGAUGAGCCCCGGUCUCGGACAUGACCCACUUCCUUCGUACAAUAUCACAGCACUAGGUAACACGGCCUUGUGCCUCUGGCAGCAACCGCAACACAUACUGUUCCAGCUGGCGAACUUUUGUUUCGCGCUGUCGUACGCGGCGCCGUCCUCGAGAAAGGGCAUACUGUUUAUGCACUCCGUCCUAAUUAUCGGGUUCAUGCUGCUUUCUGGUUGGGCAUGGCACGUGAUAUGCGCGCCGGACAUAUUCUCCUGGAACUUCAGCUUCCUGGUACUGAACAUGGGACAGCUGGUUUACAUCGUUUAUCAAAUGAGGCCGGUCAGGUUCGACCCGGAACUGGAGGAAGUGUAUCACACGCUUUUCUAUCCGUUUAAAGUCUCGCGACUACAAUUCAAAAGACUAGUAUCUCCGGAAUUUGCAUCUAUAAUGUCGCUUCACGCUGGCGAGGCGUACGCCAUGCAGAACCUAACUCGGACCGAUAGACUGGGCUUGCUGUUGAGCGGCAAAGUGAACGUACUCAGCGAUUCGAAUUUCUUGCAUCCUAUACUGCCGUGCGAGUUUCUCGAUUCCCCGGAGUUCGAGAGCUCCAGAGCAUCCGUUGACGACAAAUUUAAGGUAUCCAUUGUUGCUGCGAGCUCGUGCAGAUACUUAUUUUGGCAAAGAUCUGCGUUGGAGUACUUACUCGUUAAGGAAGCGUAUCUUGCGACCGUGUUAACGACGUUGGUUGCUAGAGAUAUAGCUACGAAACUUUAUGCCAUGAAUAACAAGAUUGUUACAGACAAGGGAUCCCAUCUAGACAUCAGACUACCAACUAUUAGCGCAGGUUUAAGUAUAAGCGGCGAGUACAGAAGUCCAAGAGCAUCUAGACAAGCCUUGAUCCGUAGGAAAGAGGCCUCUCUGUCUUCCGAAAAUGGAUCCACGACCAUGAAAGAUCGGCCAGCAAACAAUCUUUCGAAGAAAGGUGCACCGAACAUGGAACCGCUGCCCGAAAUGCCUUCCUGCGACGAUCUAGCUUCGAGCGGCGUGGAAAGCUGGCUGGACUCAUCGAGCAAGUAUCACAGUUGCGAGAUCGUCGACGAGGACUAGCAGGAGGCCUCCUUAACGCCGGACACCUUCUACGAAGGGGACAGUGACUAAGUGACGGCGUUAAGAUUGUGUUUUUGCAUAUUGAAGAUAAACUGUAUUUUUUACACGAGAAACAGUUCGAAUCGAAUUACAAAGCGUCGAUCAAAGAUCGAAAAUGUGUUCCAUAAGUAAACGCGUCGCGAGACGUCUGACAAUUCCAUUACCUCAGUCGUGAAUUAAUGGAGGCGCAGUGAUUUUCACUGGGACGAGGAACAUCUCCUGUUGUUUAUAAUAAUAUAUUGACGAGUGCGUCGAUCGUAGGAUUUUGGAAGUGUUUAAAUCGUAAUCUCCAAGGCAACAACACUAGCUAGUGUUUACACGUGGACGAGGUCGGAGAGGUUGCUGUUGUGUUUGCACGCUUUAUUACACGAAUCGACAGGGUGCUUCAGAAUGAACAGGAUUUAGGCAGAUACGGUUUCACACAUUCGUUUUAGGAAUCUUUUGUAUAUUUUACGAACGUUCAACGAUAUUGUAGUUUAUUAAAUAGAUACUAUUCAUUAAAUAGUUCCACGUUUAUUUUAUAUUCAUUAAACAGUUCUGCAUUUAUUA